AUGUUAUAUUUGAUCCCAGACGGCGUGAGCAUCGGGUUUUCUGACGUAUCCAGACUGAAAGAGGUCUACAGCGUCAUGAGCCACCACUAUCUCGGCCGCGUCUUCAAGUUCUACGUGUGCAAUCUGAGUUCUGGCCUGAAGACUUUGACAAGCAUGGUGACUGCCUUCCUGACCGACCGCCAGAAACAAAAGCUUUGCUUUGUGGACAACGUUGCGGAGUUGAGGCAGGACUUCGCUCUUCACCAGCUGGAGGAGGACUUGGGUGGUUCACGGCCUGUGGAGACGAAGUUCUAUCCCUUUCCACUCCCCAGUGGGCCUUUCACUGCUGGUUUCGAUGGGGGCAGUGACGGACAGUCUGUCGCAAAUGGCCACGUGCUCCUGACGGAAACAGGAUCUCGUGGCAGGCUGUGGGAUGAUUCGGUGGCCCGUGAGAACAAUCUUGCGUUGGACUACGCGAGUGGGGCAUUCGAACACUUCAAAAAGUUCGAUCUGCCCAUUCCGCCAGAGUGCGUCAAGACGAGAACGAUGCAGGCGUGGUACAACAUCAGAGUAGUCAGCGGGGUAGAGGUAGGGAAGACAUUCUUGAGCAGCUGCGGUAAUCCGCCCCAAAUGCAACUGACGAGUUAUGGCGAUGAGGACGGAAAACAAAGAUGGGUCUUAACGCAGGGAGAUGGCGGUUGGUACCAUAUCCAGCAGGCCGGCACGUUCAUGGGUGCUGCUCCGUAUCUCAGUGCCCACGAGAACGGUUCAUUGGUAGAUUUUUGGGACACGGAUGACGGGAGCGGCAGGCAGCGCUGGAUCUUGGCAAAGGGAGAUGAUGAUGGCACAUGGUACACGAUACAAGUUUCAAGCGGCAUUUCAUGCGACCGAACAUACCUGAGUGCACAUCAGGACGGCCACAAGCUUGACCUUUGGAGCUCCGACGAUGGAAGUGGAAGGCAACGAUGGGCAUUGGUGCCGCCAGGCACGGCCGAGGACAAAGAAGAAGUCAUCUCUCUCUGA